UUGCCGUUUUGAUGACGAGUCAAUGGAGGUAGAACCGAUGGAAGUCGACAACUGUGAAGAUGUGACAAUGAUCUAUUGUGAUCUUGAAGUGCCAGAACCAGUCUGUAACUCUAGUGUAUCCACGAUAGAAGAAAUUAGUGAUUACGUUCGCGCCGACAACACCAGUAUAUUUGACGUGCCAGGGACCGUUAGAGAUAUUGAACCUGACAAUAUAGAGACUGAUAUUCCCGAUGACACUGUGGUGGGGGUACCAUCAGCAUCAGAAGUGAUUUACGAAGUAAUAGAGAAGGGUACUGAACGAGGGAAACCGAAAUUGGUGACAUCGGAUGGGUAUUCGUUUGUAAUCAAUAGAACAUUCAAUUCAGGCGUUGUAGAGUGGCAUUGUAGUGUUAGAAGAAAGGACUUAAAGUGUAGCGCAAUCGUUAAACAGAAGGGGGAUUCGUUUCACUCAUCAAGUGUUGGUCACAGUCAUCCAUCUAAACCUGGACUAAGCGUGUCCGUUCAAGUGAAAAAGAAGUUGAAGGAGGUUGCCGUCACCGAUAUUUUCGAAACAGCACCAGUAAUUGUGAAGAACGUAACAGAUUCACUACAAGACGCCAAUCAACCAGAAGCCUCUCGAACAUCAGAUCAGGCACUUUACCAGAUGUGCAGUCGCGCACGUUCGUGUCUCCGACCAAAAGACCCAACAACUCUUGAUUUUGAGAUUGACGAGGAAUACCUUGGUCGAACAAUAGAAGAACCUUUCUACCGGGAAACAGUUACGGUGAAGGACCGAAAACAUAUUAUCCUGUCUACAGACGUACAGCUCAGCAUUCUCUCCAGAGCGAAGUCAUGGUACAUCGACGGUACAUUCAAAGUGGUGAAGACUCCCUUCACUCAACUUUUGUCUGUUCACGCUUUCAUCAAGUCCGGGGAAAACAUGAAGCAGGUCCCUUUAUGUUUUGUACUAAUGUCUGGGAAAAAACGACGUGACUAUAAAAAGGUCUUCCGAGCGAUCAGCAAUCUAACACCUGGGCGAUGCGUUGAAACAUUCGUUGUUGAUUUUGAAGCAGGAAUGUGGCAGGGGCUAAGAGACGUGUUUGAGGAUCCCCACAUUAAAGGCUGUGCGUUUCAUUUCGGACAGGCCCUCUUCCGUAAAGUACAAGAACUUGGUCUACAGACAGCUUACAGUGAACAGAAUGAUGUUUAUCAACUUUUGAGGAAGACGUUUUCCCUCCCACUUCUGCCAGCAGACGACAUUAGACCAGCUUUCCAGUAUCUGAAGUCGAAGAGUUCAACCCCAGAAACAGACGCCUACAUCAACUACAUCGAGAAUACCUGGAUCAACAACGUCAUUUGGCCUGUGGAAUCGUGGUGUCAGUUUGGACGAUCUGUGAGAACCAAUAACGACUGUGAAGGCUGGCAUAACAAACUCAACAGACGAGCCAGGAAAGGGAACCUUCCAUUCUACGUUUUGAUAUCCCUUCUAUAUAAGGAAGCAGCAGAUGUGAAAAUUCAGACCAAGUUGGUGAAAGAGAAGAAACUUAAACGAUAUCAAACCAAGCAGACGAAGAAGAUUCAAGGACGACUGUGGGCCCUUUGGGAACAGUACAGAUUAAGAACAAUUACCACCAGCGCUUUGCUUGAUGCUUGUGCAGCCCUGUAUGGUCCCGCAUAAACAACGGUUUAUAAGAGUUCCCUCAGAACUGGACACUACUAGUUUUCUGUUAACAAAGUGUUAUGUUAAUAUGUAAUAAUAAAAAAGCUAUUUCUUGUAUAUUUUUUCUGGCUAUAGAAUUGCUUUUUGUUAUUUUGGUGAUAAAAUAUGUUUUUAUGUGCUUCUAUUCAAUAGCUGUUUAUAGUAUUCUUUUCCAGGUUUAGGUUUUAAAAAAUGUAAAUUUUGUAAUAAAACAUGUGAGUUAUAUAAAUAACUUAUCUACAAUGUAUAAUGUAAUUUUGGUAAUAAAAAAUAUAUAUAUGAUUAUGUGUCUUUAUUCAAUAAAAGCUGUUUUCGUAUAAUUAUCCAUAUAAUUAAAUAACGAAUGUAUUUCAUGUAUUUUUAUUCUAUAAAAGUUGUUAUUAUAUUUUUCCAGUUAUAAAAUUUGUUAUGUAGUUUUGUUAAUAAAAUAUAUCUAUUUUCAUGUAUUUUUAUUCUAUAGAAGGUGUUAGUAUAUUUUUUCCAGUUUAUAUAAUUAACGAAGUUAUGAAUUGUGUUAUGUAAUUUUGUUAAUAAAAUAUUUGGUUUUCGUGUCUUUUUGUUCAAUAAAAGCUGUAUUUAGUGUAAUUAAUUUAUGUAAUUAACAAAUGAAAUAUAAAAUAGCAAAAAGUUUUCCAUCAACAGUUUGAAAACAGGUGUGAAAAAUUUUGUACUUGAACACGUGGCGAAUCGUUAUUUAACUGUGGCGAAUCGUUAUUACUCUGUGUCGAAUCGUUAUGUGGCGAAUCGUUAGUGUGGCGAAUCGUUACAUUA